GUCUCUCUCUCUCUCUCUCUCUCUCUCUUGUUGAUCAUCAACAUCAAGUCGACUGUUUUUUCAUCUUCUUUAUCAUCUUCUCAUUGCUUGUGUUGUUUUCUCUUUCUUUUCUCUCUUUACCUUCUAAAUUCUUUUACGUUUUCCUCUCCUAAUCUUUUCUUCUCAGCAAAACAAAACUCUAACCAUCUCCUUCCAAUAUCCUAAUAUUAUCAAGUUAAUUACAAUUAAGAUUGAAUAGUUUACCCGAAUGAACGUUAAUUAUCAUCACCAUGACAAUCAUCUUCAUCAUUCGUAACAAUAACAUGAUCGUUUGAUUACUAAUAAACAACGUAAACCCAAACAAUCAAUCAAAUCAAACAUCAUCUUCACCAAGUAUCUCAUCUCAUUCAUCCAAAUCCAACAUCUUCAACCACCCAACGGUUUCUUACCUUUUGUUUUUCACCCUUUCCUGUUAAUCAUAAACACCUUAAUCAUCAUCAUUAGCAUCAUCAUCAACUAAUUUUCAUCUUCAUCUUCAGUCAUGUUAACCACAACUUGCUGGUUCCAAAUGUGUAUUCCGUUUGCUCAGUAACAUCAAAUGUGUGUUACUUUUUGUUUAUGUUUCUGUGGAUUACCAAUUGUUUAAUCACCAAUCAAUUUAUUUAAUUACUAAAGUUUUCAACUCAAACUAAUUGGAUAUCAUCAUGUUAAGAUCAAUUAAUCUGAGUAACUUCAGUGACGAUGAAUGUAAAAGGAUAAUAUCAGUUAUUCAAAGAGAUGCUCAACUUCAUGCCAAUAAUCAAGAUAAAAUCAGAAAUUUGUUAUUCCAAUCAUGCCAUUGGCUUUGUAAAAGUCAAUUAAAUCACUUUGGAAGUGCCAAAUCAACCGUAACCUUACCUAGUUUCAAAGAUAAGAUUGAAUCUGGAUACGAAUCAAUGUCAACAGGAAACGAUGUUGACACUUUAUCUAAUUUAAAUACAGUUACUUCAAUGAAUACACCUAAUCAACGUCAAGAGCACGGAAUCGUGUUAGAUGAUUGUGAUGAAGAGGUUUUAAUUAAAGUCCGUGAAAACAUUGAAACGUUAAUUGAAGGAUUCAUUGGUUCAUCAUUGGAUCAAGCUCAUGUCAAUAAACCUUAUAUUCAUGAUAAAUAUGACCGCAUCUUGGAUGAAUACCAGACUCCCCUGGCUCAGGCGAUUCUUGAUUUAACGGAAGCAUUAUUUUUAUCCCUUCAAAAUCAACCAUUUGUUAAUGGUAACAUCCCAACAAAUGCCCAUUCUCACCUGAAAAAGUUGAUCCAUCACUUGAAUCACAUUACUGGUCAAUUGCCAAAACUUCCGGUUCAUUUGGAAUCAUCAGCAUCACUAUCAUCAACUUUGGAUGAAUCUCAAACAUAUGAAGAUCUUCUUGCCAUUGCAAUAAUCAAUGAGUUAAUUAAAGUUAACCAGGAACGUAAUUAUUAUUCAUCAUCGUCAUCGUCUUCAUCAUCAUUACCUUUAGAGACAAAUGGAGAGACCCGACAGAGUAAAUUAAAUGUCCAUUCAAACGGAAGUGUCAACGAAGAUGAUAAAUAUCAUCAUCAAAAUUGCCCAUCAACUGUGUCCAUCUCAUCAAAUGGAUCUGCAAGUUCAAUGAAUCAUUCAUCAAGAAUCAAAGCCAAUGGAAUUAAUCAUCACUCUAAUCAUCAUGAAUCUGUGAAUGAACAUGAACAUGAUGAUGAUGAUGAUGAAGAUAAUCGUAUGAUUUAUCAUCGAUCGGAAGUGUUUCCCGAAACACGUUCCAGUGUAACGAUAAGUGACAAAACUGCUAAUGGUGAUGUCGAUGACAGUGAAUCAGAUGUUGGUCAUCACCAUCAGCACCAUAAUCAACAGCAUCCUCAACAUGAGCCCGUUAGUAUUGUCGAUAUUAUUAAAGAUCGUGAGACAGCUUAUAAGAUUGAGGAGCAAAUUGAGGAGAUAACAACAAGCACCAUAGCAGCGGAUGGUGAUGAAGAUGGAGAGUGUAUUGAACCAGCAGGAGGGAGUGUUGGAGCUGAUUCAGUUGAUUCUGGUGAAUCAGAGAGACGUCGACAGGUAGUUGAUUCAGUUCUCGAUCCUUAUGGAUUAGACUUAUCAAGUAGAGGCUGUGCUCGAGUUGCUUUUCCAGAGUUUGGCCUGGACAUAAUGGACUUAAAUUAUGCUGAAAAUGCUAAAGAUUAUGCAGAUCAUGAUGACCAGUUUUAUGGUGGUGAUGGUGUUGAACACCCUGAGAACCAAACCACUGAGAAAAUGAAUGAUAACCGUGAUAAUGGUAAAGUGAAAGUGGUCGAUGCGUUUAGUUGGGAAGAGAAUUGGCUUUUCCAGAAGAAACGGAAAUCGGAAACGGAUGUUGUCCCAAUUUACUGUCUUCUAAAUUUGUCCGAAUCAACUGACCCUGUUUGCAUGUUAAUACCAAAUCCUAGUCAAUUUGUGCCUCCCCAAAUUGGUUCAACAUCAAUUGACCAAUUAUCUGACCUUACAGAACGUAAUUCAGUGGGUUCACUUGAAUUUUCAUCUUCCGAGGAUGAAGAUGAAGAUCUGGAAGGUGAAACUGUUAAUCAAAUUGAUUCAAUCAACCAUAAAACAAAUAUUAUCAACAAGUUACAAGUCAACUCAUCAACUUCAUCUUCUUCAUCAUCACCUUUACCAGCAUCAACAUCAUCAUUAUCAUCAUCUUCAUACACAGUCAACAAGAAGCUACAACAAUCAACCACAAAAUCAAAUCUAAAUAAAUCCAUUACUGCCAAUCAACAUUCAUCAUCAUCUCCUUUACCUCCCCUGAAAAUACCUGAAUUUAUACCCAAUAAUAAAAGGCCAUCUUCAUCUUCAACUAAUCAUGUUCAUCAUCUGUCAAAUUCACCGUCAUCCUCAUCAUCUUAUCCAUCACCAUCCUCAUCAAAUGAACUGUACACUGAACUUUCUGAUCCCAUGUUCACCCUUUCACCUCAACCCGCCAACGUUCAAAGUGACAUUUUGGUCCAAUUUUGCUGCCGAGUCAAAGGUAGUCAACCACUCGGUGUAGCCUGGUAUCGAAACGGCAUCUACAUUGGUGGAACCAUUGAAAAAGGAAAGUGUAGAAACGAUCAUCAUAUUCAGCAUGGUGAUUCUGGUGAAACCGAAUGUGAUAAAAGUUUAUUGAACGUUAUGAAAAUCGAUGUUGAUACAAAAGACUUCAGGACAUUCAAACAUUUUACCGAUCAUAUUUUGGAAAUCAAAUCAACUCGAGUUGAUCUCUCAGGAACCUAUUCAACCUGCGUGUACAAUCAUGUUAAUCAACACUGGAUCGAUUUCAAAGUAACAAUUAAUGCCAAAAAUGAUUAUCAUCAACAGAAACAUCAACCAAAACCAAUGAUCAAAAAUCGUUCACAUCAUCAGCCAUCAGCAUCUUAUCAAAAGAAUGUCCUAAGCCCCCCGCCAAUCAAACAGCGUUCAACUAAAUCGACCUGUAAAAAUGACACUAACAAUAGUCCUAAGGUGUUAUCGGAAAAACUUCAUUCUCAUCACCAUGAAGAUGAAAUCGAUUCAUCUGUGCCACAUCCAGGAAUCAUUGCUGAAAGAGAGCAUAGAAAGUGGGAAGAAUCAACGGUAAUCUGGCCUGAUAAUCCGUACACAAUUGAGAAUGUGACUAAACGGAAACAAUAUCUCGACUCCCUCGAACCAACGGCAACAUCGCCAAUCGACAAGAUCGAAGACGAUGAGGCCAAUCUUCACGCUUUACCGUAUAUUUCACCUUCCAAAGACAUGGGAAGGUACAAGAGAGACUAUUACGUGCCAAAUGUGCCAAAGGAACACGAAACUUGCAAUGGUGUCGAUGAAAAGGUUUACUCCUCUUCGAAAUAUUUUUCACCCUCAAUUUCACCCACAAAUCUAUCAGAAGAUUCUGGAGCGAAUGUAAUAAAUCAUCAGGCUCCAUCACAAGCAGUAUCUUCAUCAUCAUGUUCACCGCUGAUUCCAACAGUAACGGUGACAUCUUGUUCAUCUACAUCAUCUUCACCUUUACCUGUUUCAAGAUCAUCCGGAUUAUCAUCUUCAUCUUCGUCAACUCCUGGAUUACCAAGAAUUGUCAAUGAACAUCAUCUUCAUUAUAAACACGCUGAGGCUCAGGUUCUUGAAAAUUUGGGAAACAUUACAUCCUUGGUAUCGGUCAAGGAAUUGAUUAAUCGCUUCUCAGAUUUAAAUGAAUCAAAUUCAUCGACCAAUGGUCAAUAUUUAAGAGGAUUAAAUGAUCAUCAUAAUUAUGGUAAUAGUUUAAAUCGUGAUGGUACCAUGAUUAAUGGAGGAACUGGAAUUAAGCCUCGUUUAAUUACAGAUAAACAUCAUUAUCAAGUACCAUUCAAAUUAUCAUGUUGGCAUGAUGAUGAUGAUGAUGAUACUGAAUUAAAAGAUGAAACAAAUGAUAAAAUUAUUAAUGAUAAUCAUCAGCAGCAUAAUUCAAGUUAUCAUGAUGAAAAUGAUAAUAAUGUUGAUCAGGACAAUUUGAAUGAUUAUUAUGAAAGAAAUGAUAAAAUAAACUGGCAGCAUAAUAAUAACAACGACAACAACAAUCAUGGUAAUCAAAUGAACAGAAAAUGUGAUGAUAAUCAUCAUGAUCAAGAUGCUUCAUCUUAUGGAUUAGAUUAUUAUCAAAGAUCAAAUUCUGAGGCCUCAUUGUCCACUCUCAUGUCACCACCACCACCAAUUUUACCACCUCGAGUUCAGCCUCGAUUAUCAACAACUAAUAAUAACAAUGUUAAUCCAGUCAAAUCUAAUCGAGCAAAAUUUAAUCCAAUUAAACCUCAACAUCCACUGGCGGUUAAUAGUAUCACUGGUCGUUGUUUGAACAAAGAAUAUCGUAAUUGGGCCAAUAAGAAUCAUCAAUCUAAUCCAUCAUCAUCAUCAACUAAUCUUAUGGGAAGUUUAAGCUUAUACGAUAUUAAUCAAGUUUCAUCAGCUGAGAUUUCAAAUAAAUCCGAAAAUCCGGAAAGUCCAUCAAAUGAAGGUUACAUUUCUGAUGAUAGUAAUUUAAGUGACCGAAUCGGUGAUGGUGGAAAACAAUCAACUCCUUUUGGUGGUAAAAAGCACGUUCGUCGUAUGGCUCCAUCGAUAAUGAAAAGAGCUUCUUUUUGGGAGAAAAAGUGUGAACAGGAAAUGCCAACAACAUGAACUGACCAGUCGAUUGUCCACCAUGGAAAAUGAAUCUGAUACAAUUAUCAUGAAAAAGAAAAGAAAAGAAAACAAACAAAUGAAUCAAAUUUUCAUAGUCCAUCAGAAAGUAUUUAUUGAUUGUAAUUGCGAUAUCGCUACAAUUUAUUGUUAAUUCAAGUGCAUGUGUAAAUAAUACAAGUGAAAACAAUAAAAAAAUGAAUUAAUCUCACCUUGAAAUACAAGAA